AUGUGUGCUACGAACGGCAGACCUGAACGACCGACACCAAUGAAAAGGGUGCUCGCUCCCCAAUCAGUGUGGGAAACGAUCGCCUUAGACUUCAACGGUCCAUACGCGAAGUACGGAGGAAUAUCGGUAUUGGUUAUUGUCGACUACCGAUCCAGGUACGUAAUAGCCCGACCCGUGAAGUCCACCAGCUUCGAGCACACCAAACGAGUUUUGGAAGAACUGUUCGAAAGAGAAGGGUUCCCCAAAAGCAUUCGCUCCGACAACGGCCCCCCUUUCAACAGUGAAGAUUACGCAAGCUACUGUAACGAACGUGGCAUACAUACCACUUUCUCGACCCCGCUCUUCCCCCAGCAAAAUGGGUUAGUGGAGAACUCAAUGAAAUUAAUCAAUCGUGCGAUGUCAGCAGCCAUCACCCUUAACAAAAAUUUCAACGAUGAGUUGCAAGCUGCAGUAAAUGCCCAUAACGCUGCAGCACACACCGUGACUGGAGUUCCCCCGGAAGAAGUGUUCCUUGGCAGGAGAAUCAAACGCCAACUGCCACUCCUAUUGCACAAGAAAGCUGAUUUUGACGACGAUGCCUUAAACAGAAGGGAUAUGGAAUCGAAACUACGCGGAAAGCAGCGUGAAGACACACGACGAGGCGCGCGAAAGUGUAACGUGCAACCAGGUGACACGGUAAUCGUAGAACGAUCCAGUCGAAACAAAGGGGACACAAGGUUUGCACACCAGAAAUACACGGUUCUGGAGGAGAACAAUGGGAGUCUAACACUGAGCAACGACGAAGGUCAGGUCCUAAAACGGCAUGUUACGCAUACAAGAAAGGUUUCAGACUGGCGCGAAGAAGCCUCAAAUGACGAUCCCAUCUGUGAGAGCUCGAAACGACCAACACGAGAGAAAAAGGCACCGGCCUACUUGCAAAAUUACGUUCAGCACCUAGCAGAAUAA